UCAGACACACUCCACAGAUCUCAUGGCUCCUGCCGUGAGCAUGGAAGGCACGACGAAGGCACUGCUGGCGUACGUCGCGGUGGCGUUGUCGCUGAUCCACGCCGUGACGGCCGCGGAUUACGUCGUCGGCAACCCGGGCGGUGGGUGGGACGGGAGGACCGACUACAAGUCCUGGGCUGCGGCCCAAACGUUCGCUCCAGGAGACACCCUGACCUUCAAGUACAGCUCGUACCACAACGUCCUCGAGGUGACCAAGGACGCCUUCGAGGCGUGCACGACGACCAACCCGAUCUCCUUCGACAACAGCGGCAGCACCACCGUAGUGCUCACCAUGCCGGGCACGCGCUACUUCAUCUGCGGCGCGCCGGGGCACUGCCUGGGCGGCAUGAAGAUGGAGAUUGAAGUCGCACACCGCCCCGCACCCACCACGCCCAGCUCCCCGCCGCUGCCGCCACCGCCGCCGCCAGCGGCGCGCGACGCGAAGAGGCGGCCUGCACUGGCGCCAACGGCGCUGUCACCGGCCCCCAUGCCGUGGGCUCCAGCGCCGGCGCCCGCGGACGCACCGCCGAGGCACGCGGGGCACAAGAAGCAGCACAAGAAGAAGAGGGCGUACUGCGCGCCUGGAACCCUGGUUGCGCCGGCGCGGCCCCCCACGGUGCAGGCCGUGGAAUCUCUUUUCCCGUUCGCGGAGGUGGCCCCGAUGUCCUCGACUCCGCCACCGCCGGCAACGUCGUCGGGCGGGCCUGCCGUGCCGCGAGCUGCGCGGGGAGAGGCUGCCGCGGCGCUGGCCGCUCUCGUCGGGUUCAUGCUUCUAGCCCUGUGAACGAACCGGAGGUCUUCGAGAUUUCGACGAGACCAUCACGUCACGCGCACGUUUCAUUUGCUUAAUUUCUGUGGUGUUGUUAUUAGAUUAUGAUGAUGUGUGAUAUGCGUAAAGAGUUGGGAAUAGCCGUA